AUGGCGUCGGCGUCGAGCGCGCUCCUCCUCUCCCGUGCGCUCCAGGCCGGCGCCGCAUCUCGAAGUGUCCCCACCCUCCUGCGCCCGCUCGCUGCGGCCGCGAGCCUCCUCUCGGCGGGGGCGGCGGCGGCCGCGCCCGACGCAGGGGUGCGGUGCUUUGCGACCCAGCCGGCGACAUCCUCGCUGCAGGACUCGUCCCCGAACUGGAGCAAACGGCCGCCCAAGGAGACGAUCCUCCUCGACAGGUGCGACUUUGAGCACUGGCUCGUCGUCAUGGAGCCGCCGCCUGGUGACGCCUCCAACCCCGACAUCACGCGCGACGAGAUCAUCGAUAGCUACAUUAAGACCCUCGCCCAAGUCGUCGGGAGUGAUGAAGAAGCUAGGAAAAAGAUAUAUUCGGUGUCAACUCGUCAUUACUUCGCCUUUGGUACCCUUGUAUCUGAGGAACUUUCUGACAGACUGAAAGAGUUGCCCAAGGUCCGCUGGGUUAUUCCUGAUUCAUACUCGGAUGUGAGAAAUAAGGACUAUGGAGGCCUGUGA